CAGGUGCCGACUUAUCCACGUCAGUUUGGUUCUUUGUAGCCUUUGCAAGACUGUCGAUAACAGUUUAUAAUAGUUAACAGUCUUCAUAAAGACAAUCACUUACUGGACAUAAUGUCAAUGCUGGAUUCUGAUGACAGUUACGAUUUCGUCUUCAAAAUAGUUUUAGUUGGCGAUGUCGGUGUUGGUAAAACUUGUGUUGUUCAGCGUUUUAAGACGGGCAUAUUUAUCGAAAGGCAGGGAAACACGAUCGGAGUGGAUUUUACCAUGAAAACAAUGGAAAUUCAGGGUAAAAGAGUAAAGGUUGGUUCGCUGGCGGUGAUAACCAUUUUUUUUCCCGUCAUUUAUGCUGUUGAGCUGCAGAUCUGGGAUACAGCUGGACAGGAGAGGUUUCGAACCAUCACUCAGAGCUAUUACCGCAGUACCAAUGGCGCCAUCAUCACCUAUGACAUCACCAAGAAGGCCUCUUUUAUGUCUGUGCCCAAGUGGAUGGAAGAUGUCAAGAAAUACGGUGGCUCUAACAUUGCUCCCCUUUUAAUAGGUAAUAAAUCAGACCUGACUGACCAGCGUGACGUUUCCUUUGAGGAGGCUCAGACUAUGGCUCGCCAGUUGGACUUCAUGAGUGUCAUUGAAACAUCCGCCAAGGACUCUAGCAAUGUGGAUGAAGCGUUUAACAAAAUGGCGAGUGAGCUAAUGUUGAGACAUGGUGGGCCCAUGUUCAACGACAGUGCAUCCGACAGCUUCAAACUGAACAGCAAAGAUGUAAUCAGUGAGGGCUGGGGUUGUGGUUGUUGAUAUCUGCCUUUUUGUUUCCAGCCAGUAGUGUUAACAUUGCUAGCACUGCAGGGCAGCAUGAGACUCCAAUGGUAUGAACUGCAGUCCAAUUGUCAAAUGAUUGAUAUCACUUGAGCCACUCAAUUUUUCAGGGACCAGCAGAUGACUAUAUCAUACAUGGAAGUGACUGUGUUUUAAGAUAGAGGAAUCACAGAGAAUGGUUCAGACUGCACACAGUGCACUCUGGUUUGUGGUCACUUUUUAUAGGAGCUUUGAAGUUCUCUGGUUGUAAUGAGGGAUUAGGUUUAGACUCAGUAUGCGUGAAUGGUUAGAUGGGGACCAGCCUAAAAUUCUUAUCCACUCAUUAAAUAGCUAGCGAAAUAGAUAGCUGAAGCUCAGCUAGCUUCUUAUAUUUUCCAUAUCUUAAUCUUCUAAACUUUAAAUAAAUGCACUCUUUUUGUUGAUUGUGUGUGAAGUGUGAAAGAGAGGACAAUAUUCUCCCAUGCCAGAGUUUACCAAAGGUAACAUAUACAAGAUGCAUUUAACAGAAUAUAUAACUGUUUAAAACUGCAGCUGUUACUGAGGGACACCUAUUAGUCUUUGUAUUAUCACAUGAUGCCAUCAAGGCAGAUACUCUGCAGUGCAGAAGUUAGCAAGCUUUGUGUCUUGGCCAUGAACUGGAAACCUAUUGAGCCUGCAGCAUUUAAGAUGACCAAGAUGAGUAUAAUAACUCAUUGGCCAGUGUCCUCUCAGAGCUGGGACCACUUCUUACCAUAUAAACUACUGCCAAGAAAUUAUGUAUUUUAUAUGAAUUCUAGAUUCUACCAUGUUAUAGACAUAGAAUUUUAAAAAUGUAAAUACAUUUGAGGGCAUUUUCAAUAAGGUUGCAACUGUAUGUUUUGAUUGUCAGACCUCCAAAUCAAGUCAAUCAAGACCAUGAAUUUUACCAUCCACUGCCAUGAGACAAAAGUCCUGUUGGGAAUGUAAACAUAUAAGAACAAUAUUGUGCAAAACCUCUAUCAUUUAAAAUAAUAGGACAAUUUCUAUAUUGUGUGCAUUUCUAACCAUAUUUAUGUUUUGUUCAUUAUUCCUUGGGGUGCACAUUAUUUAUAUUUUUAAAAUUUUGUGUUCUCUCAAAACCUUGCUGAAAUGGAAUUUAAAUUGGAAGCUUGGUACAGAUGCAUUAGCAAGUCAAAGACUGCAUCUCAACCCAAUCGUAGUCACAUAUCUUUACUGUUUAUCUACAUGCUGUUUAAUUUACCUGAAUUAAGUUUAGAGGUUCAGUUUAGAAGGUCUUUAAUAUUUCACAGAUGGAAGUAUCAUUUUUGUAAAAUUAUUUAUACUCAGUAUAAAAGGGAAAGCAAUACUAGUUAGUUGCAGAUCACUUUCAUUUCAUUUUUUUCCAUUUCUAAGAAUUUUUUUUAUUUUUAUCAUUUGAUGUACAUUUUUCUUAUUAAGUUUAUUGGUGAAUUAGGGCAGUACAGAUGUUUUUAUUUACUUGAAAGUGAAUCAAAUUAAAACUUCAUGAGUUAGAAUUUAGUGCCUUUUAAUACAGUUUUGAUACUGUUAGAAUUACGACAUGCUAAUGUUUUUCUAGGUAUAAGACCUUAUGGUAUCUACAAAAAUAUAACUAUGCAUUUCACCAUCAGCCAAUUAAAGGUUCUUCUAUAAUGAUGUUUGUAAUCUAUGUAGGAAUAGUAAUUUAAUACUUUCAAUUACAUGUUCAUAUUGAAUAAAUUCUAAUUGUAUUAUUUUGUAAAUAAAACGUUAUUGGAACAUGAAUAGUGAUUUAAUGAAAUUUGGACUAUUCUACAACUUUGCUUUUUUUCCAGUAGUUGUUUUGAAUACAUUUAAAUAUAUAUUUUUCUGAAUUUUCCUGUUCUGUUGAAUCUAUGUAAACCUUAAUAUUUUCUCUGUAAAUAUGUCUGAACUAUAGCAAUUUAACACAAAGCUAUGGCAUGAAGUAGUCAUUUAAUCAAUUUUCCAUGUGAUUGCAGUGAAAUGUAUGAAACUUCUGUAUAGUAUGACUUAUGAGCACAACACAUUAAUAUAGCGACUUUUGCUUUCA